AGUAAAGAGAGACGCACAGACGAUCAGACUGAGUUCAGACCAAACUAGCAGCUUCCUCUGAGUGAGUCCAGCUACAGGAGAGAAAAGUGGAAAACUCCAACACUGCUGCUUCAAGCUGCUGACGCUCCACACACUGAAUGUGAGUUUGAGCAAAAACACGACUCAAAGGAAGUUUCAGUGAAGGUAGUAGAGGAGGGAGGGGAGCCAGGACUGACUGUACUUCCUGUCUGCUGUUUUCAGCUUCACUCACAGACUCAAUGGCUUCCAGAUCAGAGGAGGAUCUCUGCUGUCCGGUCUGUCAGGAGGUCUUCAGAGAUCCUGUUCUUCUGUCAUGUAGCCACAGCUUCUGUAAAGACUGUCUGAAGAGAUGGUGGAGAGAGAGACCAACACACGAGUGUCCAGUUUGUAAGAGAAGAUCUUCAAAGCAAGAACCACCUUUAAGUCUGGCUUUAAAGAACCUGUGUGAGUCGUUCUUACAGGAGAGAGAUCAGAGAGCUUCAGAGGCUCUCUGCAGUCUGCACUCUGAGAAACUCAAACUCUUCUGUCUGGACCAUCAGCAGCCAGUGUGUGUCGUCUGCAGAGACUCAGAAAAACACACCAAUCACAGAUUCAGACCCAUCGAUGAAGCUGCACAACAACACAAGAAGGAACUUCAGGAAACUCUGGAACCCUUAAAGAAGAAGUUAAAGGUUUGUGAAGAAGUUCAAGUGAAGUUUGAUCAAACAGCAGAACACAUUAAGGUCCAGGCCCGACACACAGAGAGGCAGAUUAAGGAGCAGUUUAAGAAGCUUCACCAAUUUCUAGCAGAGGAAGAGGAGGCCAGGCUGGCUGCACUGAGGGAGGAAGAGGAGCAGAAGAGUGGGAUGAUGAAGGAGAAGAUGGAGGCUCUGAGCAGAGAGAUAGCAGCUCUUUCAGACACAGUCAGAGCCACAGAGGAGGAGCUGAGAGCUGAAGACGUCUCAUUCCUGCACAACUACAAGGCUGCAGUGGAAAGAGUCCAGCGCUGCCCCCUGCUGGAUGAUCCACAGCUGCCCUCAGGAGCUCUGAUAGACCAGGCCAAACACCUGGGCAACCUGACCUUCAACAUCUGGAACAACAUGAAGGACAUGGUCUCCUACACUCCUCUCAUUCUGGACCCAAACACUGCUCAUCCAAACCUCAUCCUGUCUGAAGAUCUGACCAGUGUGAGAGGAGGAAAGACGCAGCAGCUUCCUGAUAAUCCAGAGAGGAUUGCUUAUUACUGGUCUGUCCUGGGCUCUGAGGGCUUUAACUCAGGGACUCACAGCUGGGAUGUUGAUGUUGGAGACAGUACAGUGUGGGGACUGGGUGUGUUAGCAGAGUCUGUGCAGAGGAAGGGAAACAUACGGUCUGGAUUAUGGAGAAUAAGAUUCUCUCAAGGUAAAUACUACAAACAAUCACCAUCAGCUCCUUUUGAAACUGUUCUCUCAGUAGAGAAGAAGCUCCAGAGGAUCAGAGUGAAUCUGGACUGGAACAGAGGAAAGCUGUCGUUCUCUGAUCCUGAUACUAACACACACAUACACACCUUCACACACACUUUCACUCACAGGAUGUUUCCAUUCAUUUUCACUGGUCGUAAAGUGAAGGUGUGUCCAUUGAAGGUGUCAGUGUCAGUGGAGCAGAUGAGUUGAGGAUGAUGAUGUUUCUAAUGUUGUUUCCUGUCAGUGAAUUGAAGCUGUUAAACUGCAGCUGUCCUCCUGCUGCCUCGUUGUUCCAAAGCUCUUUGUUUCUCUUUUAGUUCUCACUGUUUCUUUCUGUUUCUGCUGUCCACCUUUUCACAUGGAAAAUCAUUUCACUGUUUCUCACUGAAUGACUCCCCAAACUAGAUUUGAAAUUCUAUCAAGUUUCUAAUCAUUACAAGUGAUUCAUGUUUCUAUUUGAUGUGUGUAAAUGGAGAUGAUUUAGUUUGCUGGGAUAUGGACUGACAUGUGUUGAAUGGGAGGAGCAGUUUGUUGUUGUCUUCUUGUCUGUUUAUGACAACAAUAAAUAUAUUGUUGAAACAAUGAUUCAUGUUUAACUCCAUAUAUGAAAUGUUUCUGAUCUUUGAAUUCUGUUUGAUUAAAGAC